GCCAGCGCCGUCACCCGGCGAGGCGCGGGGUGUCUCGGCCAUGUGUGAGGAAGGAGCCGGGAAGCUGCGCCUGAAGCCCCGGACGGCGCCGCCCGCCCGCGGUCGGGAGCGCAGCCCCGGCCCUGAGCCCCCGCCGCGGCCCCAGGCAUCGACUGACAGAUGUUCCUGGUUUGAAAAGGAAGAAUUAAAUGAGUGUGAAAAAACCUGGCUCUUGCUACUGAAAGACAUCAGUCAAGAUUCAGAGUGCACAAACUGGGACACAGUGCCCAGCUUUCCAGAGUUCUUGGAAAAGAAACAACAGGAAAAGACUCCAGAACACCAGGAAGUCUUUACAGUCGGAACAAAAGACUUUCAGUGGGUAUCAUUCCCAUCUUUUCACCAAGAAAAAUGUCUGAACCCCAAGGAUCUGAGCUCCCAGCAGCCAGCACAGAGCCAGAGCAAUGAAUUACAUAAAGGACAGGGCCAAGCAGAUAAACUGAAGAGUUUAUCAUCCACAGCUGAGAAAACCUGCAGGGGAACCAGUACAGAUCAAGCCAAAACUGCAUCUGGAGCAGACACAAAAGGUGUUUCAGAGCUGGAUGUGAGUCCCAAGUCAUGGAAACUCCCUGGGCACAGCAGCUCAGCACAGCCCUCGGCAUUAGUACAAAGCCCUGCAGAAGCUCCUGGCCCUCAGCAGCACCACACAGGGACUGUACAGAACAGCAGGGCAGACAGGAGAGAAAAGGGUGAGGAAAAGCCUCAAAUCCAAAUACACCAGGGGGAGCUUCCAGCAGGGGAGGCCACGGGGGUGCCUGCAGAGAAGCCUCGGCUCGGGAGCACUCCUGGGGCUGAGAGCCACGAGGAGAAGGAGGAAAACCAGAGUGAAGCAGCUUCAGCUCUUGACACUUGUCCAAUGUGUCUGAUGCAGUUUAGUGGAAGACUCUCCCAGCUGGACAUCGAUGGGCACCUUGCCAGGUGCUUGUCUGAAAGUGCAGAUGAUGUCAUGUGGUAAAUCCAGAGGAGUGGAGAGCACAGGAACCAGGCCAAGGAUGAAGCUUUCUCAAAGGAAAAGGAAAAAUGUGUCAAGGAAGCACAUCCUUGUCUCUGACUUAAACCAGUAACUCAACAGAAGGAUAAGUGCCACCUGCCUAUUUGGUUUUGGGUUUUUUUCUUUUAAAGCCUCUCAAAUGCAUGUGAAGUAGUUCCAGUUCUGAAAACAGUGCUCUGGGAUAUCCCAGAGACCCCCAGAGAAAUGAGGCUUGGUACUCCUGAAGAAAUGCACUAUUGGAAAUCCCUCAAGCUUUGUCUGAUGCACCAGAGUUCUGAAUCUCUCAGGACAGAAGAAAGCAGCUGAGCAAAACAGAACUGUUAUUUGCUGUAAUCCAAAAAUUUACUGUUUUUUUUUUUCAAAACAGGUAAUCUAUGAAAAUAAACUCAGUUAAAAAGUAA